CACACAAUUUUAUCAGUUCUUCUAUACAACUUCGUUGGCAUAAAACAUGAAAUAGCCGUACAUUCUGGGAGCCAAAAUGGUGGACUACAGCAAGUGGGAUCACAUCGAGAUAUCUGACGAUGAAGAUGAGACACAUCCCAACAUCGACACACCCAGUCUCUUCAGAUGGAGACAUCAAGCGAGGCUGGAUAGAAUGGAUGAAGCAAAGAAAGAAAAGGAACGCGUUGAAAAUGAGUCUCUGCAAGUCAAAGUCAAACUGGAACAGACAAGAAAACAGCUAGAGGAAUUGAAGACUUCUGGAAAUACAGACAAGAUCAACAAAGUGGAGGAGGAACUGCACGAUUUGGAAGAACAGACCAAGAAAUGGAGAGAAAAAGAAGAAGAACUUGCCAAAAAGGAGAAACUCACGCCGUGGAACGUGGACACCUUGAGCCACGACGGCUUUAGCAGCACGCGCAUCAACAAGUACAAGCCAAAGGAAGAGGAGAUGACGGAGGAGGAGCUGGACAAGAAACAGGCCCGGUUCGUCCAGAAGCAUGAGAAAGACAUCAAGACGUAUGGCAUGUACCGGCGGUGGGACGAUACAGGCGACUUCCUGCUGGAGCACACCGAACUGGUCUGCGAGGAGACGGCUAACUACCUGGUCAUCUGGGCCAUCGACCUCAUGGUUGAGAAGAAAGAAGGGUUAAUGGAGCAGGUUGCCCACCAGACCAUAGUCAUGCAGUUCAUGUUGGAGCUGGCUAGGAGCCUGAAGCAGGACCCAAGGGCCUGCAUCCGGCCCUUCUUCCAAAAGAUCAAGAGUGCUGACAAGAAGUAUAUGGAGUCCUUCCAUGAGGAGCUGGAACUCUUCAAAGAGCGCAUCCGCAAGAAGGCCCAGGAGAGGAUCGACCGGGCUAUGAAGGAAGCAGAGGAGGAGAUGGAAAAGGAACGACAGGCGAGACUAGGUCCUGGUGGCCUGGAUCCAGUAGAGGUCUUUGAGUCGCUACCCCCGGAACUCCAAAAAUGCUUUGAGAGCAAAGACAUUUCCAUGCUUCAGAAGGUCGUGGGCACCAUGGACCCAGCCGACGCGGAAUACCACAUCAAACGGUGCGUGGACUCAGGUCUGUGGGUGCCUGGGGGUGGGGAGAAGGAUGAAGGAGGGGCGGGGGAUGCAGCAAAGGGAGGAGUAGCCAGUGAGAAUGUUGAAUUGGAUGACGUAGCAAAGAAUGAGGAACCGACUUACGAAUCUGUGUAAAAGAGUACUAGAUGUUACGAGAAUGAUAACAUUGAUAUUUUCUGUCGUACAUUGACCUUUGAUGUUGCUAUUUCAAGUGGAUGCAGAGAAAGGAAUACUUUAAAGGAAUACAGUAAGCCUAUGGAGGAAGUGGAAGUUUAGAUACAUUGUGCACAUACCAGAGGCCUUACCACUGUGGACUGCAUGUAACAUAAAACAUGGUAAAAGGGGGUUUCCUAAAAAGGGGGCUAGCGGCGAUAUAUUGUUGCCAGCUUUCCACAGUUCCGAACCUGUUAUACAUCAGCACACAUGCUAUAUACUCAGCGUUGCAUGGAAAUUGUUUUCAACUGAAUAAUGUUACACUCCUUUUGCCUGCAAAAGGGAGUGUAACAUUGCUUUGUUAAUUAUCUCACUGUUUGGGUGUUCAAGAUGUGGCAAACAUUGCUUACCUCUGCAGGUUCCUUUUACCUGGUGUCUGUGUUGCAUGCUCUGCUUGUUACAAUUGAUAAUUGGAGGUUCCAGCUAAUUUUUGGUAAUGUGAGUUUAAGUGUACUGAAUAUGCGAUUAAAAAGUUUAACUGGCACACACUUGGUAUAAUAAAAAAUGCCCAUGUUUGCCUUUUAGAAUACAGAGAACCAUUCAUGUGAGGUAGUACACAGAUCUCUGUUCAAGUCCUUAGUAUGAUCUGAGCUGGGUUAUUAUAAAGCAAUUACUACAUACAUGUAACAAACACAGCAUGAAAAUGCAGCAUACAUUGCCCAUGUAGACAUUUGUAAUAUACGGAUAAUGCAUUGUAAUGCUUGCCAGUGCAAUGAAAAGAAUAAUUUCAGAAAGUGACAGAUGAUGGAAAAGUCCAUAAAACCUUGUGGAAUAGACCAUUUCAUCUUCCACUUUCUGAAAUGGUUUCUUCCACUGCACGUAUGUAAAACAUUUGCCAUCAUGUUUGUACCAUGCUUUAAAUGAAUUCCUGACGUAAUCUUUGUCUGAAUAAAUGCCUGCACUUAUUGGAAAAGUUGCUGGUUGAAAUGUAGCGGGUAGUUGAAAAGUAGCUAGAAGUCUCAAAGUAGCUGGUUACAGCUGGAAUCAAACAGGAAGUUUUCCUUCGAAACCAUUGCUGACUUUUUUAGAUCACCAGCUGGUGAUGGGGGGGACAUGUAAAACUACAUGAUGCUGGCAUGUCCAAAUCUGGUGCCAUAUUUGUUGGGAGGGGUUUCAAACUGAAAUUUCUCAAUGUAAAAAAAUGAUCUUUUCAUGGCUAAAGCUUUACAUGCUUCGGGAAAGAAGGGAAAUGAAACAAUCCCCAAAUCUACCUUUUUAAUUUAUGAUAAAAAUACCAUGAGAUUCCCAUUUUGGGGAGGGAAGGGAUGGUCUCUGUUGGACCCCUUGAUCCAAUGGUAUAUGUAGGUAGUGGUCAUAGAGUGGCUGGGUCAUUCCAUGAGGUUGGGGCACAAUUUGUGAUGGUGUCCAUUGUUACGUGGGUUCCGUAAAAAUGAACAGCUACAUGCUACUCCGUGCAUGUGGAUUCAAAAUUAUACAUCUUGCAAGGCUGAAUACAGAGGUGUGUGUUAUUUUUACAUUGUAAAUGAUUCUACAGGUCAGGACAGGUAGUAAAAGUUACCCAUGUAACAAGGACACCGUCACAUGUGCCCCAACCUCAUGAAAUGACCCGGCUCCUGGUUGAGUUUUGUCAAUGUGUGUUGUACAUACUGUUCUCAUGCCACACACUGUGGAUUAGAGAAUUUUUUUGUGGCAGAGCUGCACUGUUUAAUUCAAUGGCAUGUGAUUGACAACAUACAUGUACUGUCCCAAUUAGAUGACAGAUAUUUAAGUUUUUCAAAUCAGCCUGAUAUCUUUAUUAUAGAACAUGCUUAAUUCUCCCCAGUUUGAUACAGCCUAUUAUACAGGCCACAUUAAUUGAUCUUUACCAGAACAAUUUCUGCUGCAUUUUAUCCAGUGAACUGUUUUUGUGGUUGGCUGUGUUAACGAUGAUGUACAUGUAUCCCAGUAUAGAUCAGACAAAUGUACAUGUAGAUUUAUCUGAGGAGAUGCCACUCUUUUAAGCAGCAUUGCACUUGUGCAUUUUGCAUGCAGUUUUGCGAGUCAAACAUCCAAGUGACCAAAGAUGCACGACACUUCGUGUACAACCUGUACAAAUGCCUGGGGGCGCAUUCAUUAGUGCGAUACAUAUGGCUGCAGUGGCAUGCCCUGUGUAUUUUUAUUAUGGCAUUUGAUUUUGGAAAUUGUCCACACUGAUACCUCAUGGGUAAAACUGCUAACAUCCUGGCAAUUGGAAGGAAGAACGGAUCUUAUCCAACAUGUACAUCCAGGUGAUCAGAGUUUGUGACCACUGUAAAUACUGUCAAAUCACAGGAUUAUAUUCUUAGGUUAGCAUUGUUAUGAUAAUCAGAUGUUGCCUUAAAAAUGCUGUUGUACAUUUACAUCUUCUUUUUUUCUUUUUUUUUGGUAUUCUUAAGAUCUACAUACUGGGGCAUGUUUUGAUGACCCAAACCAUGAACAUAUUUUAGCUUUGGUCAUUAGUUAAGCAUUUUCCCAACUUGGUUAAGCCUCUGUGAUGUCAUUGUUCCGAGCGAACGAGAACCAAAUGUUGUUGUUGGUUCAGUGCCAGUUCAAUAUGAUGGAAUACAAACAGAGUGAAUAAGUGAAGUAUAUCUUUCAAAAUUUGUUGUUACAUGCAGCUACUCAAAGAGAUACUCCUUCUAGAACAUACGUGAAGAGAGAGCAGCAUUGAUGAGAAACAUGCAGAAUAUUGAGUGUCAAUGAUGUUCAUCCACAGUGUCAUUCAUUUCCUUGCAUUUGCCUCUGUCAGAUGAUGUAACCGUUUGUAGUUCUCUGUUUUGGUGGGCCACCCUUAAAAUAUUCCUGGUUAUUUUUUCAACUUCACAUCUGUGUUUCUGGUUAGGGGUUGCCAAAACACGCCCCUGGUGACCUAAUUAUCAAACCUGAUAGUCAGAAUGGCAGUGACAGGUAACAGUUGUAGAUACAAACAAAACCCAAUACUGAAUGACAUUACAACAGAAAUAAUACCAGACAUGUUGACAUUAAACGUACUCAGGGUAACACGUACAUGUAUGUCCUGAGAAAUUCUCCACUGGGCUGGGUAAUUCUUGUUUCACCUGGCAAGACAACUGUUAGAACACAUACUGUGCUCCACAUAGACGUAACCAGCAAGACUGACCUAUAUAAGUUUUGUUCUUUUGGAGUGAUGGGAGUUAGGCUUCCUGUAGCUGUGUGUCUCCAAAUAACAUGCAGCACCACACUGUAGUUUUGGAAAUACCCGCAAAAGAAGGCGACAGUUGUCGUCCCCCCUUUACAAAAAAGUCUGGAAAUACAUGUUCCCUGAUCAAGACACAUUAAAGGACUUCCUCAUCCCGUGUUCCUUUUAA